AUGUCGUCUACCACGGUAUCAGCUUUACUGUUCCUUGCAUUAUGUCGUGCGUCUCAAGCUAUCAUCAGAACACAUUACAUUGCGUGUGUUGAGGAACACUGGAACUAUGCUCCGACGGGACUCAACGUGUUCACUGGUUUACCACUGGAGGAGGACGAAUACGCAAGGCGAAAUAUGGUGACGGACACUGAUCGCAUCGGAGCAAAGUACAAAAAGGCUUUAUACCGAGAGUUCACCGACGAUACGUUCACCGUGCAAAAACCAGUUCCUGGUUGGUUGGGAGCUUUAGGGCCGGUCCUGAAGGGCGAGGUCGGUGAUGAAAUCCAUGUUUAUUUUAACAACCAAUGCGGACGAGGUUAUUCAAUGCAUCCACAUGGAGUGAUGUAUACCAAAGAUUCUGAAGGUGCAAUAUAUCACGACAACACUAAGGGAGCAGAUAAGGCCGAUGACAACGUACUGCCCGGUGAGACUCAUUUGUAUGAAUGGAUCGUGGACGGCCAUUCAGCGCCACAGGAGGAUGAUCCAAAUUGCUUGACAUGGGCUUACCAUUCCCACUUCGAUGAACCCAAAGACGCAAACGCAGGGCUGUAUGGAGCGCUUCUGACAUGCAAGCCAAAUACGCUGGAUGCCGAGGGUAAUCGUUUAGAUGUUGACCAUGAUUUUACAUUGUUGCUCACCAUGAUGGAUGAGAACCAAAGUUGGUAUUUGGAUGAAAACAUAGAAACGUACUGCCUGGUUCCAGAAAGCGUCAAUCCUGAUGACGAAAACUUCAUAAAAAGUAAUAAUAUGUAUAGUAUCAAUGGUUACAUGUACGGCAAUAUGCCAUCUUUGAAAACAUGUGCUGGAAUGAAUAUAAGUUGGCAUUUGAUCGGUAUGGGAACUGAAGUUGACUUCCAUCCAAUUUACUUCCACGGCGAGAAUAUGAAUUACGCACAUCAUACGACUGAUACCAUUGGGUUGUUUCCAGCUACAUUUGCUACCGGUUUAAUGACACCACAUAAUCCCGGUCUGUGGAUGUCAAAAUGUGCUAAUACACACCACUAUGAUUAUGGCAUGGCUGUACUGUUUGACAUUCAAGACUGUGGUUUGGCUGACGCGCCUAAGCUUACGGGAUUAACAGAUGCGGUCAGAGAAUAUUACAUCCAAGCCGAGGACGUGUACUGGGAUUACGGUCCAUCUGGAAUGAAUAAUUUUUAUGGAGGACCUCUAAACGAGCCUGGCAGUGAGUCGGGUACUUUCUUCGAAAGAGGGGAUUACCGAAUUGGUGGAGUUUACAAGAAAACUAUCUUUGUUGAAUACACCGAUGCGACAUUCAACACGAGGAAAGAUCGUACUGUCGAUGAUCACAUGGGGUACUUAGGUCCACCAAUUAGAGCGGAAGUAGGGGAUCAGAUCCAUGUCACAUUCCGUAAUAUGGCUAACAGAUCACAUAGCAUACACCCGCAUGGAGUGUUUUACGAUAAAGCAAAUGAGGGCGCAGUUACCAGGAUGGAACUGAAAGUUAGUCGAACAAUACCAUCCCCAUCCCCUGAUCUAAAUACUGCGGAUAUACUGCAGUAUAGACACAGUACUGUCGUAUUCUUUAUUUCACGAUGGCCGUAUUUACGGGCCGACAAACUAGACGAUGCAGUCCCACCGGGCGGCGUAUAUACAUACAUGUGGUCCGUACCAACGGAAUGGGCACCACUGGCAGGUGAUGGACCGUGUCUUACCUAUGUAUAUUAUUCCCACGUUCACCCAACCAAAGAUAUAUAUUCAGGCUUGAUUGGACCCUUAAUCGUGUGCAACCAAGGUCAAGGUAUCGGGGUUGACUUCAAUAGGGAAGUGUUCCUUCAUUUCGGAGUCACUGAUGAAAAUCAAAGCUGGCACAUCGAAAGCAACAUACAAAAAUUCUGUGGGCUGCCCGAUGACGUUGAUAGACAAAAUGAAGAUUUUAUGGAAUCUAACCUUAUGCACGGGAUUAAUGGAUACUUAUAUGCAAAUAUCCCCAGUCUUGCUUUCUGUACCUCGGACACAAUUAUGUUCCAUUUGAUGACGAUGGGAGAUGCGGUAGAUAUUCAUGGAGCACAUUUCCAUGGCAACACGCUUACCUGGAACAGUAACCACGUAGACACGAUUCCUCUCACGCCUAGUAUAUUACAACAUGCAAUCAUGCAGCCCAAGAACAUCGGUGACUGGGCUUUUGUCUGUAGAACUAACGACCACUACAGGGCAGGUAUGAUGGGGUUGUAUUCAGUGAACGACUGCGCCAAAGCCAAUUCAAUAGAAUCGGCGAAGCAUGUAGACGCCAUUCCCCAAGCAAUGACAAGAACAUAUUACAUAGCUGCCGUGGAAGAAGAGUGGGACUAUGCCCCAAAUGGUUAUGACAGAAUUACCAACUCGUCUUUAUACAAUCCUAAUAGCUAUGGGUACAUAUUUUGUUACCGUGGAAACACGUCUAUUGGUCAUCAAUACAAAAAGGCUGUGUACAAAGAAUACGAAGACAAAGACUUCCUCAUAGAAAAACCACGAACUCCUGAAGAAUCACAUCUUCAUAUGUUAGGACCAUACAUAAAAGCUGAAAUUGGAGAUACAGUUGAAGUUGUAUUCAAGAAUAUGGCAUCUCGUAGUUAUUCGCUCCAUCCUCACGGUCUAGCGUACAGUAAGUCAUCAGAGGGUUCCCCGUAUAUGGACGGUAAUGUAGGUGGUGGCGAUGCUGUUCAGCCUGGCGAAGUAUAUAAUUACUUGUGGACAGUGCCUGCAAGCUCUGGUCCCAGUGAUUACGACUCUAAUUGCAUAACAUGGGCGUACUACUCGGCAGUGAAUCCGAUAAAAGAUACUAACUCUGGGCUAAUUGGACCACUAAUUGUCUGUCGUCCUGGCAUACUUGAUGCAGAAGGGACGAGAAACGACGUAGACCGUGAAUUCGCCUUGCUCUUCACAGUAACCGAUGAGAAUGAGAGCUGGUAUUUUGAUGAGAAUAUUCAGACAUAUUGUUACACUCCAGGGGAAGUUGACAAAGAUGAUGGCGACUUUCAGGAGAGUAAUCUUAUGCAUGGCAUUAAUGGCAAGAUUUAUGGCAAUGCAUAUGGUGUAGAGAUGUACUCAGGAGAACGAAUUGAUUGGUACUUGAUGGCAAUGGGAUCUGAGGUAGAUAUGCAUACCGUUCAUGUCCAUGGAACAACAUUUUUACACGAGCAUGGAAUUGGUGUUCACAGGGCUGAUGUGUAUGAUCUCUUUCCUGGUAAGUUCGAUACAUCGUCCAAAAUGCAUCGUAGUAUCAAUAUGAUGAUGUUUGUGAAGAUAUCGCUAAUAACACUGGUGGUUGUAAUUGCUGGUGUUUCAGCCAAGGAACCUUUGUCUUUUGAAUUCCCACUUAACUGUCGCGUAUUGAUACAUCGUUAUCGAUUGCAACCACGAGGUGGCGGAGGUGGAGGCGGUGGUGGGGCAUCUUCAGGUCUAAAAUGCCCUGACCCUAAUGGAAAAUUAAAGAGAUCAGGCCAGAGUUACACCGAUGAUGAUGGGUGCACGGUUUGCACUUGCGAUGGAGCAACUGGUGUAUUUGAUUGUGACAACUCUCCUUGUGACACCUCGGGAUUUUCCGGGUCCAGCAAUAGUGGAUGUCUUUAUAAUACUGACUCAUAUAAAGUAGGCGCUGUCUGGGAAAUUGACCAGUGCGGAAAUUCGUGGUAA